CUCGGAAAUAGUUGAGGGUAGGUUACUAAAUCCAAUCCCUUUAUCAAAGCCCUUCACACGACAAUUUUUUCUCCUUCGAAGAGCGACACAGAAUCUCCAACACUGUCUUCAGCAAUGGCGACUCCUGAGGAAGCUAAGCUCCACCAGUUUCUUCAAUGGCUAGAGUUAAACAGAGCAGAACUACGUGGUUGCAGAAUCAAAUACAGUGAAUCCAGUAAAGGGUUUGGAAUUUUCUCAUCUAAUCAUGCAUCUGAUGGGAUACUACUGGUGGUUCCAUUAGAUUUGGCUAUAACUCCAAUGAGUGUACUUCAAGAUCCUCUUCUUGGACCUGAAUGUAGGGCUAUGUUUGAGGAAGGGGAAGUAGAUGAUAGACUCUUGAUUACCUUAUUUCUAACCGUGGAGCACCUACGAGAAAACUCUUCAUGGAAGCCGUACUUUGAUAUGCUUCCAACCACAUUCGGAAAUCCACUUUGGUUUUCUGAAGACGAGCUUUUAGAGCUUAAGGGAACCACAUUGUAUCGGGCUGCUCAGUUGCAGAAAAAAACAUUGCAGUCUUUAUUUGAUGAAAAGGUGAAGAGGUUGGCUACGAAGCUUUUAACGCUCGAUGGACAUCCAGAAAGAGAUGUGAAGUUUGAAGACUUCCUUUGGGCAAACUCCAUAUUUUGGAGUCGAGCACUAAAUAUCCCUUUUCCGCGCUGCUAUAUAUUUCCUAUGGAUUCAGAAGGACAAGAUAGUGACAUUUCUAGCAAAAUCGUCAAUUCUGCAACACAAACUAAUGGUUGUGGCAGUUUAUCUAAUGGAGAGUCUGCAAAAGUACCCGAAUAUGAUGCACUCCAAGAUAAAGUUGCUUCUGCUGCUUCCAUUUCACAAGGAGAGAUAGUUUGGGUGGAAGGUCUGGUCCCAGGCAUUGAUUUUUGCAACCAUGAUUUCAAAGCUGCAGCAACAUGGGAAGUUGAUGGAACAGGAGCAACAACCGGAGUUCCUUUCUCCAUGUACCUUCUUUCUGCUGGAGAAAAUCCUUCCCUGAUUGAGAAAGAGAUAUCAAUUAGUUAUGGGAACAAGGGAAAUGAGGAACUGCUGUACCUGUAUGGAUUCGUCAUGAAUGAUAAUCCUGAUGACUACCUCAUGGUUCAUUAUCCGGUGGAAGCUAUUCAAAACGUUGAUUUCUCAGAUUCCAAAGCUCAACUUCUUGAAGCACAGAAAGCUGAAUUGAGAUGUCUCUUACCUCGAAGUUUGCUAAAUCGUGGAUUUUUCCCUCCAUCCAACUCAUCUGAGGAAGAUAAAGAUAAACCCGUCAGUAGUCAAGUUUGCAAUUAUAGUUGGAGUGGUCAGCGAAAGAUGCCCUCUUACGUGCAUAAUCUAGUUUUUCCUGCAAACUUCUUGAAUGCAUUGAGAACCUUAGCAAUGAAAGAAAAUGAACUUUAUCGUGUUUCUUCCCUACUUGAGGAGCUUGUUGGAUCUGGAGGAGAAAGGCAGCCAACUGACACAGAAGUUCAAGCAGCAAUAUGGGAGGCUUGUGGAGAUUCUGGAGCUUUACAACUUCUUGUUGAUCUGCUUAACAUGAAGAUGUUGGAUCUAGAAGAGGGUUCAGGAACAGAGGAGAAUGACACUGAAUUACUUGAGAAAGCUCGCACUGCAGAAACCUCAGAAGAUUGCAAAGAGACCAGUGACAUUGCCCAGAAUCAUUUGCUGAGUAGAAAUAAGCAAUCUAGCAUAAUAUACCGGCGGGGACAGAAACAACUAACUCGUCUCUUCGUUAAGGAAGCAGAGCACGCGUUGCAAUUAGCAUUGACUGAGGAACUCUAGAUAAAUCU